UACUUCUUCUUUUCCUGCGAUAGGUGAACCGUUCAAUAACAACGGUUUAAAAGAUGAUGUAUCUUUGCGAUGAUAUUGCGUAGAAAAAGUAAUUGACUCGCAUUUUGAUGGGUUUAAAGGUAUAUACUAUUUUUCUGCCCAUUCUUCUAUUUUUUGAAGAUCUCGGUUCAGACUUUGCUCACAGAAAACUGGAUCUUUGUGAUGAUUUAAGAGAAAAACAUCAUCUGCAAACAGUCUCACAACACUUUCUAUGCCAUUAGGUAAAUCAUCCAUAUAUGUUAUAGUAUAAUAUGUAUAGUUAGCUAUACCAAGUAUUAUUACUCAAAUUGCAGAUACAUAUUAUGCAAUAUGCAAGACAACUGCCGGUGAAAAUAGUAUGGCAUCACACCUGGUGUUAGUAUUUGUCAAAAUACUAGUGGUGUUCGAGAUGAAAAUCCAUUAAAUGCUGUUGAUGAUGUAACAACAAAAUACGUAAAUUUUGGAUGGGGUAACAUAUCAACAUCUAGUGCCGCACAAGGUGUUGGUGCGGGAUUUUAUGUUACUCCAUUGAAUGGUGUUUCGGUAUUGAAAGGAAUUUUAUUCGCUACGGCCAGUGAUGCAGAAGAACGUGCUCCUCUGACGUGUACGAUUGAAGGUAGUAAUUAUACAACAGCAUUACUCACUAAUGGAUAUACAUGGACUCUUUUGUAUUCGGGUACAACGGGUAUCCCAUCGGCGACAGUUCCAUCACGAAUGACAUAA